ACACGCGACUUGAGCUGCAUCAGCCCGACUCUCGUCUUCUCCGCCGCCUCAAGCCGUCGACAGCGACCAUGGCCCGCUCCUCUCCUCGAAUCGCCUCGAACGCCGCUCCUCCCGCAGCAGCGACCGCCGCCGCACCCGCCGACAGCCCCUCGACCUCGACCGCCCCCUCUCGCCGCGCCUCGAAGCGCCUGCGCCCCUCUUCCACGACCUCGUCCGCCGCGCUCGACAGCGCCCCAGCAUCCACCUCGUCCCCGCGCAAGCGCUCGAGGCUCUCGCGCGGCGCGUCGGUGUCGCGCGCGGGUGGGACGGGCGACGAGAGCGAGGGCGAGGGCGGCGCCAAGGCGGACGAGGCCAGGAAGGUCAAGGGCGACGAGCUGUGGGACCAAGAGCUCGACGCGGUGCUGUUCAAGGGCAUGGAGCUCCUCCCCGCGAUGGGCAGCCGCACGAUCCACCUCGAGACGACCGACGAGCAGCUCGGGCGCAACGGCCUCCUGUCCGAGUACCUGCGCCGCCAGACGGGCACGAUCCGCAACAAGGCCCAGGUCGCGUCGCACAUUGCCUCGCUCAAGAAGACCCGCCCCAACGACGCCAAGCUCGCACAAAUCGCCAUCGGCUACCCUGUAUCGCCAAGCGCCUUCAAGGCGACCCGCUGGUCGGCCCUCCUCGGCCCAGACCUGCAUCCGGACACGGCCACGGCGGCGCAGAGCGAGAACCGGCGCGUCAAGGGUGCUGGGCGGCCGGCGGCGGCGCCGGCUGCCGCGAACAAGGGCAAGGUGGCGGGGCGCAAGGGGGAGGCGGUCGCGUCGGAGAAGAAGCCGCGAGGCGGACGGUCGAGCGGGACGAAGAGGGAGGACGAGGAGGCGGGACUCGCGACGAGUGCCGGCAUGGGGGACGACACCGACAGCGACCUGACCGACCUCGACUCGGACGAUGACGAUGACGACGACGAGGCCGCCCCGUCGACAUGUGCAUCCACCUCUGCUCCCCCUUCUGCUCCCCUCGCCGCCGACCCGGCCGCACCUCCUUCCUCCACCUCGCGCCGCCAGCGCAGCACCGCCACCGCGCCCACCCCCUCGAGCGCCUUCCACACCCAGUCGGGCCCGCAGCCGCCGCCGCCGCCGCCGUCCUCCAUCUCGACCUCGAGCGGGCCGCCCAAGGGCCCGAGCGCACCCGGCCGCCGCUCGGCGCGCACGAGCGUCGUGCACGGGCCGCUCCCGGCCGGCUCGUCGGCGUCGCCGAGGCGGUCGAGCGCGGCGUCGGCGUCGUCGUCGCCGAAGAGGGCGCGGGGUGAGGUCGAGGUGCGCGUGCCGCAGCGGCGCUCGGCGCGCGCGAGCGUUGCGGCGGUCGCGCCGUCGAAUUCGUCGAGCGAGGUCGAGGAGGACGAGGAGGAGGGCGAGGCGUGCGAGGAGGGAGAGGCGGCCGAGGAGGUCGAGAUGGAGGACGUGCAGGCGCGAAAUGCCGAACAGGAGCCGCCUCGCUCGACCUCGGCCCCGCGAGCGAGCGCGCGCGCGUCGGCGGCCGAGGCGAUGGACGUCGAGCCCGCCGAGGUCGCGCCCGCCGAGGAGCUCGCGCGCGUCGUCGCCUCUGCCGAGACGGCGCACCCGGCCCAGGUGGACGAGGAGGCGGACCUCGAGGCUGGGUCGGGCUUCUUUGGCGGGGUCAAGAAGAGCUUCUGGAGGCUCGUCGGGUACUGAGGAGGUGGCGCGGGCGGCAGGAGGGCGAGGGCGGGUGGUGCGCCGAGGAGAGCGAGGAGCGAGCGGGCUUAGCCUUUCUUGCGUACCAGCAACGACACUUAACGACCUCAGCCUC